AUGGAAGCCGUCAUGGAUGAUGAGCACCUUGAGCCAGCGCCUGUGCGGCUGCGCACCGAAAGCGGUGCGUUGUCUGUCAGUAAUAACAAGAGAAGCGGCAGCGCUGGCAUCCGUGACGAACUGGCUGGCAUUGGGGAACAAAUCAAGCAGCUUCAGCUCCAGCUUAGCGGCAACCUUUCUCCCGAAACAAAGGCAUCAGAGGCCGUCACACAGUCAUUAUGGGGCCUGUUGUGGAGGCUACGCACGUUUCUCUUCCUUGCCUCUCCCUCUGCAGCGCAUCAGUGGAAUGUCGGUGGCGCACUCUUUGACGUGUAUUACCGCCGUCACUACGGCAAGGAUGCGGCCCACGUCGCAAUCGCGCUUCGCCUGUAUCUGGUCCUCUUGCGCUUCGCUAUCGUCUGCCCAGCCGCCGCGCUCCACGGUUGUCUGACCCUGUUUGGUGUACUGGCAGUGCUGAACGAUGCUCGGCUGCGGUCAUGGAAGGACACGUCUGAGAGACUUCUCGAGGGCCUCCUUUUUGUCUCACGGGCGCUGCACCGUACGGAGCGCGAUGCCUUUGCUCAACUUUCGAACCUCGUGUUUGAGCUUCUCUCGGAGGUCACGGCGCACUUCAACAGCCCUGCCGAGGAAUCCGAGAGCGCCCUGUUCCUUCGGCUGUCCAUUCAACCCUCCGCGGCGCUGUUGUCACAGGCAGAGGGCUUACUGCCAUCUGUGGCUUCGACGGCUUUGGAAUCGGACAUGGAGGGCAACAUGCAGCAGCUGGAGGAGGCGUUCUCCACCUGCACUUGUGUGGAGACCCUCUACGAGGCGCGCUGCAUACAGGCAUGCCUCUUGCGUCUGAUCGUGCGACUCAGCGAGGAGCGGCUUCUUGUUUCUCUUUCCCCCGACCGCGUCGGACUUCUCUGUGACGUCGCCUGCCAUCUUGUCUCCAGCGCAGUCCCCGGGGCUGGGGGUGGCGUGGUGAACCGUGUGCAGCACGACGCGGCGUGGCACACUCUUCGCUAUUUCGCGGUAGUGGACCCUCGCUUGCUUCCGCAUGUACAGGGGCCUCUCAUCUUGUCUGUCUUGGCGGCUCAGUGGAGUCGCCGAGGGUCACACACGUGCACGUCGGUCUUUGACAUUACCGUUGCAGAAGAGGCGCUGUUUGAGUGGUGUCGGUGCCUCAGCACAGCGGAGCUAGACUCACUUGUGGCCUCGGCACAACACCGCGGCGGAGCGGGGACUGAUGGCCAAGGCGCGAUGAGGGCGUGUCUUGUGCAGAUGUGGGAGGUGGCGGUGCAGUGGUGCUUGGAGUUGUACGCCAGACCUGAUACAAUCGUGGACGACAUCGUUGCGAACACCGAGUCCGGUAUACGGCGUAGUGUUUCAGCCAUGAUCACAUUACAGCAGUGGGUAUGGUUCUGUGAGAGAGUCUUUCACAGCACAGUGGUGCAGACGAGUGCGUUAGCGGAGACAAUGCAGAUGGAGGAGCAAAAGCUGCUCGCGGCGCACAGCCACCACUUGCAGCUUCUCGUGAAUGAGCUGCCCCUCUCGUCGUUCACUGCUUCGCUGCUGUGCACCCAGUUGCCGUCUUUUGCAGUCGAGCCUGAGUUGACGUUUCUGCCGAUCCGAAUUCUGUCCUUCUUCAACGUACCAGCGCUGGCAGCCUGCGUGGCAAAUGUGGUGAACCGCGCGAAGAACUGUAUUGACGUCUCUGCCUACCGUUUGCUAGAGGCAAACGCACUGGCGGUUCAGGCAGGCCUCAAGGCCUCGUCCCCGAUCGUCCGGUGCGAUGUAGCAGCGUUUCAGGGUGCCCUGACUGAGACGCUGGAGGUAAUGCACCACCACGAGUCGCCGUCCUACAGUCUACUCAUCCAAGCCAUCACUGUCCUGAUGCACGCUUUUCCAACGAGCUCGGAGAACGGAGAGAUUCAUAAGUCCGACACCGUGGCGCGCGUCAUGGAGAAGCUCGAGAGCAGUAUUUCCGCUCGGCGAAAAGGAGCUUCCGCGGCUCUCGGGGUCGCUGCACCCCUGUGGCAGAUGCUGGAUCGAGAAACCACCAUGACCCUGUUUCGUGCCGGCUCAGGCCUUGGAUGGAGUCGGCGACUGCUGACGCUGCCACCUCACGCCUUGACGUCGGCCAAAGCAGGAGAGGUAUUUCUCUGUCGAGCUGCUGGACUUGCCGAAGCACUUCAACGUGCACUGGCCGAGACGAUGCAGCGAGAUGGCGCAUGGUCAUCACCGUUAACCUCGCAUUCGCCUCUCUCUACGGCUCUUCCUGGUGCCACUGCGGACAGCAGACAGGUAGCGGGACGCCUGCAGCGUGCGUACGAGUCCACUGCGAGUCAUUUCCCCAUUGUCGUGCAGCUACUUCAGACUCUGUGCGCCCUUCUCACAAAACUCCAGUGGGACGCCGAAUGGUGGCGCUGCAGGAAUAACGGCAAAGGUGGGGCGUAUGCUGACUCUAGCGGGGCCGCAGUGGCUGUUGAAAGCCUGUUUCGUAGUUCUUCCUGCAUCCUCAUGCUGCUGGUGAACAUCAAGUACCGCCUUGCUGCCAUUGCUGUGCCUGACAAGGCCCAGGGGUGGAACGGCGCUUCGGUGGAUGCGAUGCCGUCCCGUGAGCGGAGUAGCACUCUCAGACAGCCUCUGGCGCAGGCCGCGAUGGUAGUGGACGUGGACGACGACGACAGCGCUGAGGACGUUCUGGAGGGAAACGAGGAGGCGAAGAAGGGACGUCGACACGGCAAGAGAACAGUGGGCCGCGCUCUCCUCAGCUCGAAAAUCGGAAAAACUGCAGCGGAAGGUGCUGCGAGUGGAGCACCGCAGGACGGUCGCCUAUCACAGCAGUGCGCCUCGAAAACGAAGCAGCUGGAAAAAAUUGUGCAGCUUAACAGGUCGCAGCUCCUGCCCGCACUUCUCGCCUUCACCCGGCACUUCAGGUGUGACGGAAAGGGUGGAGGUUCGGUACUUGACGGGGACGAGGUGCAACACGGGGCUAUGCCUGCCACUGAUCGCGCAAGUAGUAGUAGACACGACGACACAAGUGCCCUCGAGUGCUCGGCGGUUUGCCUGGCACACGCCUCCAUUGCACUGUCUCCUCCUUUUGUGGCGAAGGACGUGAAGGGGCUCUUCAGCCUCACGUUAGCGCGCGCGUGCAAGGUCACAGACCCUAUCUGCUACUACGCCUUGCGUGAGCUGGUGCUCUGGAGUCAGCAAUUGACCGACCCAGAGCGCACAGUAGGCAAUGCGGCGAUGCCGCCGCUGCUGCUAGUGCAGCUCUCGGGGACUGAGCGAUUGUUGUCGGCAGUGCUGUCAGCGAGAAGAAAUAACGACGCUCAAUCUAUCGUUGAAUCUAGCGCACCGAUUCUUCAGCUGCUGUGGUUGGGCCGACGGUUUUUUCAGCGCUCAUGUAGUGCACCAUCGGCCGCGUCUGAUGAACCGGACAGCAAGCGGCAGCUGCUGUCUCUUACAGCGGAGUCUGUAGCAAUGCAGGAGGCCUGGAUGACCGUCUCUGAACGGGUUACCCAGGAGGGGCGUGCAUGGGUGUGUCUCUGCUUCGACCUCUACGUGGUAUAUCAAAGCGUACGCUCUACACACGACGACACCGCACUGGCUGUCAUGGGCCUCUGCAUCGAGACAGCCCGGUGCGUAAUGGCGCUGUUUGCCUGGUCUGCCACGGAUCUGCUUCGCUUCCGCGAGCGGCCAUUUGUGUUUUCUUCGCUCUUUAGGGCCAUUGUAGAUAAGGAAGACCGCGACUUGAAGGUGGUCUUGACGUCGUCGCUGGAUUUGCUGGGACGCUAUGUCACCUCGGCAGGUGUGGACCAAGUUGCUGGUGGAACACUAGCGGCGAGAGCUGCAAUAUCUACUGUAGUGCCUGGCGACGAGGCCACCCGAGCAAAGCUGAGGCAUCUCAUGGACCAGGAAAAGAUUGCGGACUGGAAAGCAGUAGCGGGGGCGCUGGCGUACGUGCUCUACGAGUGCGGCAGCAAAGCAGUCGCGAAGCAAAUGAUGUACCUUGCAGAAGCGGUGAGCUACAUCAAGAAGAACAUCAAGGACAUACCGGCAGUGGUGCGAUCGACGAUCCACUUUGUUGCCUUUCACAUUGUUUCCCUCGAGGCCGAUGCGCAGAUGCUGGCGCACGACCGUACUUUUCGCAGUGGGCGCCAUCAGCGACGCGGCCUCUCCGGGGCGACACCUCUGCACUCCCCUCUUGCUGUUUUGGGAGGGGCAGCGAACGAACUCUUUGGCCGCGGCAGGUGGGAAGGAGGCGAUGAUGCGGCAGAGAACACCGAAGAGGCAGGCACGUCACCACCUCGGGACCGGAUCACUGGCGAGCUGCACGCCGUAGAGGAGGACGGGGGGGAUGCGUUGAUCAGCAAGGAGGUACUUGACGGUAUUUCGUUUUCAGUGUUCGAGCGGGCGCUGGGCCAGCUGGUAACGCUGAGCGAAGCGGCAGAGACACCUGCCGGGGUGGAGAGCUCACUACAGAAGCCGGUGGCGCGCGCAGUAGCAGCGGAGGAACUGCGCAAACACAUGUUUGCGGUGCUGGACGCUGUCUACAAAGCCAUUCACAUCGAGCCUGCGGUUGCCCACCGCAACGAGGGUGCCAGUGCUGCCAACGAAGAAGAAUCAAGCGUCGCGCUGACUGUGUCACCUCGGACGCGGCGCAGAUGGCUACUUGGCUUGGCAUCCUUUAUUCGCUUUAUGGGUCCGCAGACAACGCCGAUCGCGCUGAUGCUGCCGACGCUAUUGGGCCACUGCGCCCGCUUUCCCAGCCUGCUCCCAUCCGUGUGCAUCGUGUGGAGAGAGCUGGUCUACGCCUGCACAGACGAGUACCUCUCGGAGUCGGCCGCUGUCAUUGUGUUGAGUCUUGUGAGCCUUGAGCAAGACGCUGCCCUCGAUAGCGAAUCAAAAGGAUUCUUGCUCAGCGCCCUCCGCCACCUGUACACCCGUACUCAGGCUGCGGCGUUUUGGGACUCGUACAAGGUGGUCCUCGGAACGUUCAGCGAGCUAGUGCGUCUCAUCCUUCGUGCUCGACACCCCGUCACCAGCGAAGCCGUGGAAGGAUCGCAGGAGUCUCGGCGAGACAGUGCGGACGUCCUCCUCGUGGGUUUUGUAUCCGUCAUGCGAUCUGGCUCCCUGCAGUCGAGCAGCGUGUUCGUGCGUGCACUCUACCAGUACCUCGACGCUGCAGAUGAAGCGACGCGCCGACAGCUGUCGCACGCGGCCGCUGGCCACCCGGAGGUGUUGCAGACACUUCUGCGGUGCACGGAGGCGGACUCUGAGAGCGCCUUGUACGCGAUGCGGUGCAUUAGCAUUCUCGGUGCCGUUGCCGCGCCGCAUGCGUCAGAGUUGAUCGACGCGCGGUGUACCACAAAGACCGCAGACGACGAGCGGCGAGCCUUGCUGAACCUCUCCUCGGCGUCUGGCCUCGAUGCGUGGAAUUGUAUGACGUGGACGCAGUCCUUUUACCUGGACGCGGAGACUGUUUUGAACUGGCGCAAGUUCUCUUUUACGCUGCUGAGGGAGUACUUUCCGCGGCUAUUCGCAAGCACAGCUGACCCGGUGCUACACAAUUGCAUUGCCUUUGCAGUGCAGGAGCUCAUUCGAGCCUCCACUCGGCAGGAGCGCCUUCAGCACAAGGGCGUGGAGCUGCGCCGCGAAGAUGUCGUGCACGUCGACGAGCUUGACCGGUACCUCUGGUGGGCGCGUCUGACGCCGCACGUGAAACAGCUCCUGGGUGGGUUCACGACAACGCGGUAUUCACUGACAGUGAACUGGCAGACGCGCCUCCGCACGCCUGAGUACACGUCGUCACUCGGGUAUCGACGCUGGCUCUUCGCCUUCUUCAACCACUUGGUCAUGUCGUGCGCAGGCUGGUUCGCCGAGAUGGUGCAGCCGCUGCGGAACGUCGCCAAGAAGAAUGCUUCUCUCAUUCUCUUUGUAUUGCCAUACCUGGUGGUGCACAUCCUGGAAUCUGGCAAGGCGGAGGACGUCCAGUAUGUCGAGCACGAGGUGAAAGCAGUACUAGAGGCCGCCGCCGGAGGGCCGAACGUCCCCGUCUUGUCGCUGCGAUCACAAAGCAUCUACGAGGCACCUCCUGAGAGCGUGUCACCAGAGGAGCCGCGCGAGCACGCGCACACCGUGCUCAGUCUUCUGGAGGAUAUAGAGCAACUCCGAUGGACGCUACUGCGCAAUCGUGGUCGCGUCAUGUGUGUCUUCGAGACGCAAGAGCAGACAGAGAACCUCUGUAUUCGCCUUGCUGAGAUGUAUGGCGACUUCCUGCACGGCAUUCCGUGGUCGUUACGCUGCCGUGCAGCACUCCGCAUCGGCAGCAACAUUCGCGCUCUCCGCAGCGUCGAGAGUCAACGCCGCAUUCCUGGACUGACGUCUGUCAUCGACGCGGUGCCACUGCAACGCAUUUUUGCGGCGCUAAACGAUCGCGAGUCUUCUCGCUCCAUCCACCGCGCUUCGCCUGGGCUCUCACUGGAAGACACGGCCUUCUCCUUCGAGAACAACGGCGACUGGCUGUCGGCACUGGGGAGCUCUGAGCUGGUCUUGCAGCAUCGCCCACACAGCGGGCAGCACCAGCUCACGGCUCUGCACUGCAUGAAUGAGCUGGGGGAACUCUACAUGACCUCUCGCUACGCAGCCUCCCUGCUCACCUCCGCGUCGGUACUGAAUGGUGAGGAGGGAGGGGGCAAGUCGACAGAGUGUCUGGUGGGUGCCGCGGUGAAGGAGAGCUCGACCUUUUCUCAGCUUCUGAGCGACGCACCGCGAGGAGCAGCGGCGCUCAGUGACUUCGCGCAGCUUCGUCACCACGUACAGGCGUACGCAAACGAGGCAGCAUGGCGACUAGGCCAGUGGGACACGCUGCUGGGGUCGUGCACGACCGCUGCGGCGGUGAGCUCGCGGAUGCCUCUAGUGGGGCCUGACAAGGGUCAACCAGUCAGUCUUGCCAUGCCUGCUGCACAUCUCCAGCGCGCCCUCUCAGGAGCCGGCAGCCUUGCCUGCAUGCGUCGCGUGACAGACAGAGAGCGCGCUAAAGUAGUGCCUUUGGUUCGCACUCCAUGCCAGGAGGACCUGACCGCGCAAAGCUACACACUCACGCUGCUCUUGCAUGCACUUGGCGACGUGGAUGCCGUGUCGCAGCUGUGUGCCAGAGCCUUUGUUCAGCACGUCAGCGGACACGAUUGCAGCGCUGACGACUCGGUCGUGUCACAGUCGAGUACACCGAUGAUGAAACUAGCUGCUCCGCUUCUGCCGUCAUCGGUGAAGGAGGAAAUCGCGAACCUCUUGUCACAGCGCGCGUUCUACGUCGAGGACACCAUCGCUGCCCGCGAGCCGCUCCUUGCGCUUCACCGCCUCAUCUACCGUGAAUUAGGCAUGCCGCAGAAGGUGGCUGAGACGUGGCUAGAGCAGUCGGAGCUCCUGCGCAACGGCGGCCUCGGCGAGGCCGCCUUGACAGCAGCUCGCCAAGCGGCUUUUGAGUGCCGAGAACAUGUUGCAGAGACCAGCUACUACGCCUUGGUGGCGAACUUGCUGCACGAUACGCAGUCACCAACGCCAGCGAUGGAGUUCGCGCGCGAGUGCGUUGGUGAUGUGCGAAUCCCUGCCACCACCCGUGCACAGCUGCAGAUACUGCUGACAAAUUGGCUGAUUGAGACGGGGUCGGAGAGACCGGAGCGUAUCCUUGCCGAGUACGAUAAGGCGCGUGAGCUGGACCGUACGUCGGAGCUGGCGCAUCACCAAAUGGCACUCUUCUACGAUCAUUUACACACGCUCGCUAGCAACGCGAGCGAGGGCGCAGUGGCCCAGCUAACGGCGGCGGCCACGUCGCCGACUUCGAGCGGCACCACGAAUAUGUCGGCGGCAGCCAUGUAUAGCGCUGCACUGCAGCACCAGAAGGAGAUGGUGGACUCUAUCCAAAAGUAUGCGACGCGCGCCAUCGUCCACUUUGGUGAGGCUCUCCUGCGCGGCGUCGAGAAAGCGUCGGUGUCGCUGCCGCGCAUGCUCACCUUGUGGCUUGACGGCACUGUGUUUCUUGGCGGCUUGCUCAGCACGACGGCUGGCAAGCUGGACGGCACCGUGUCGGCGGCCCUGGUGGAGAUGAACAAUCGAAUCCGCGAGUUUGUGCUGAGUACGGUGCGCCCGGUAAUCCCUCCAGCUGUGGUGAUGACUGCACUGCCGCAGCUCCUUUCCCGCCUUGGGCACCCAGUGGCAGCGGUACGCACCGUUCUGACGGACAUCGUCCUGCACUUGCUGAAUCACUUUCCGCAGCAAUGCCUUUGGCUGGUGCUGCCAAUGGCGCUCAGCAAGGAGGGGCCAAAGGAAGUGGUGGAGACUCAAAUCAUCGCGCCAUUCGCCGGCAAUCCCCGCAACGAGCCGGUGCUGCGGCAUUCCAAGUUUAUCUGCGACACGCUCUUGACGAUUUGCAACUGCUCAGCCAGUCUUUUUCCCAAAGAGAAGGGACUCACUCAGCUCAGUCCUGUACAACAGAUCACCCCAAUGCUGCCCGCAGCCAAGUUCAUUGUGCCAGUGCUCUCAAACCUUACUCCAGACAUUCGCGCAACCUCCAACGGAGCUGUAUUUCCCACGGCGCCGUGCUUUGACCGCUUCGACGAUCGUGUGGUUGUUAUGCGGUCGCUGCAGAAGCCAAAGCGCAUUUGGGUUCACACAAAUGACGGCCGGGAGAUGUCGUUCCUGUGCAAAGCAAAGGAUGAGCCUCGCAAGGACAUCCGUAUGAUGGAGGUGGCGGCGCUCAUGAACUCUUUCUUCCUCUCUGACCCAGAGGCAAAGCGGAAGCGCUUCUCCUUACGGCGGUACUCCAUCACCGCCCUCAGCGACGACUGCGCCGUGAUUGAGUGGCUCAACGAUACGACUCCGCUGGCGAAGGUGGCAAUGGAGUGCUACGCAUUGGACCGGUCCGGCGUGCACAUCUCCUCCGUCAAGAAGUGGGUGACCCUCGUGGACGAGAAGAAGAUAAGCAAGAUGGAGCUUUUCACUAAGUACAUCCUGCCCGAGGCGCCUCCCGUAAUGCACCAAUGGCUGGACCGGACGUUUGCCAGCAACCAGAGCUGGUACGAGGCACGCAAUCUUUUUACACAGUCCACGGCACUCUGGAGCAUAGCUGGUCACAUUGUGGGACUCGGUGACCGACACGCAGAGAACUUGAUGAUUGACAUGGAACGUGGCGAGCUGCUUCACGUCGAUUUUGCGUGCAUGUUUGACAAUGGAGAGAAGCUUGAGGUGCCGGAGCAGGUGCGCUUCCGACUCACGCAGAACCUGACGGACGUGAUGGGUGUGUUGGGUGCGUACGGUCCUUUCCAGGCCACGUGCGAGGUGGCCCUGAGGUGCGAGAUGAAGAACAAGAGCGCCGUCAUGUCCAUCAUUGAAACGCUACUCCACGAGCCACUGAUGGAGUGGCGGCGGCAAAACAGUCGCUCGCACUCGUCGAGCGGUCCGAAGCAGCUUAUGGAGCGCGUCGCACGUCGGCUUGAUGGGUUUCUCGACUUGUAUUCUGUUCCCGCACAGCGUGACACGCUGUCACUAAAUGUGGAGAGCCAGGUGGCGAAGCUGAUCCACCACUCCUCCGACCUCAAUAACCUCUCGCAGAUGUACAUUUGGUGGAUGGCGUGGAUUUGA